AUGGGGGUGCCACAGAACAAGGCACGAACCAAGCACACAGGCGUGAACAUGGGCGUGAACGGGCGUGUGUUUGAUGAGACCGCACUUCCUGCCUUCGUUAUUCAGACAGCGAAAGCUGUUCAUAAAACAAGUGUUUUAGAUGAAAAUGAAGAGGUACUCCUGUCUCGGCCUACAGGUCGACCUCCUCAGCCUCCAGGAUGGGUUGAGACCAGCCUGCAGUGCGGCGCCUUGAAACGCGAUGGCAAACACCGGAGCCGCGAAAACGUCCGAGAACGCAGAGGCGGGCGAGGGAACGCGCGGGGUUUCGCCCAAAGCAAGGAGCCACCGAUAUCCUGGAGGCACAAAGUGCCGAUUUGGAGCCAAAAAAACCUCGGCGCCCAGGAUUGGGGCCGAGCCGCAGGUCCCCGCAGGCCGGUGGAGCUGCGGCCUGAACACCGACCCCACCCCCACGCGACCCCUUUCCCGCCGCCCCGGAGCGCGCCGGGGCCUCUGGUCGACCUCGUGCGCGGGGGGCGGCGCGGAGAGGGACCCGGACCCCGCUGCGGGGCCGUCCAGCCUCGGCCGUCCGGGCGGGGGCCUCUCCGCGCGAGGGGCGCUGCCUGCCCGUCCCCCGCCGCGGCCCUCCCCCAGAGAGGCUCCGGCCGGACCCAGCCAGAGACCCGCUUCUUGCGGCUCCGGGAUCCCGGGAUCCGGCUUCAGCCCACGGCGUCGGCCCCGGUUCGCGGCCCGCGGCCCCGGCCCUUGAGCGGGCUUCGGCCCGAAGCUCGCAACUCGCGGGUCCCGCCCCGGCCCCCCCGCGACCGCCACCCCCCCCAGCCCCCGGCUCUCGGCCCCGCCAGCGGCUCCGGGUUCGCGACUCGCCCUCCCCCCGACCCCCCCAACCGCGGCUGUUGUUCCGGUUCCCGCUCCAGAUGCCCAAGCUCGCGGCUCGCGGCCCCUGCCCCAGCUCAGGCGCCGCUCCCCACCCGCAGCACUCGCCCCCGAGCCUCCGGCCCGACCCCGGGGUCACAGACCCCGCUUGAUAUGCGGCCCCCGACCCCGCGGCUCCUGCCGUAG